CUGUGAUUCUCGUGUGUUUGUCAGUCCUCAUACGACAUAUGUCUCUCUGAUAUUACUGCGCUGUUUCACUUAAGAUAUAUCUAUACUUGUGUACCUGAAAAUGAAACCAAACAAUAAUGGCUGCGAGGGACUUGGAAAAACAACAUCUAGUAGACUUACAUUAUGUAUGGUGUUGGGUUCUCUUUUGAUCGUCGUCGGCGCUUUGUCCCUUGUUAACAACUCUCUUCACAUAAUAGCCAAAUACUUGACCAGAAUGUCGCCCGGUACCAUGUUCUACGAUAUACUUAACCAGCCAAACAUCCCUGGCGCGUACGUCCACACCUAUAUCUUCAACGUCACCAACGGCGACAAAUUCCUAUCAGGUGAAGAUCACAACCUGAAAGUUGAAGAAGUUGGACCAUUUACAUACCAGGAACUCCGAACAAAUCAAGAUUUUGAAUUGGACGAAGAAGCAGGUGUGAUGCGCUACACCCCAAACAUCACGACCCGUUUCAUUCCUGAACUUUCUAUCGCAGACCCCAAAGAUGUAAACGUGACUGUUCCUAAUAUUGCGAUGUUGGCCAUGACUUCAUACAUAUCGUCGUUUCCCUCCUGGUCUCGCGCCACCUUCAACUUACUCGCCAACAGGUUGAACUCCAAGUCAAUGAUGGAAGUGGACGUCUACAGCUACCUCUGGGGCUACAAGGAGCCGCUCAUCCAGCUCGUGCAUACGGCGCUGCCCGGAUGGAUCACUUUCGCUAAAAUGGGCAUAUUGGAUAGACUGUACGAUAGUGGCAAAGUGAGAUUAGAGCUUGGGGCAAAAAAUGAAGACAAGUUCCUGAUAAAGAAGAUUAAUGGUGAAGGGGGCCUCACAGAGAUCGGCUACGCGGACCCUAGCAGGAGGUGAAUAACGUCUGAAAUUAAACACGCUUUUUAUCUCUCGGCUGAACUUCGAAGUUAUAUAUUGAUGUUGAUGUUUGCAACUGUAUUGAUGGACUACUUAUACUCUAUGGUAAUAUGCAUUACGUUGUUAUCUCUUCAUCAGGAUAUUUCUUUAGUUAAUAAUUAUGAUUUUCGAAAACUGAAAAAAAAAAAUAGAAAUAUGUGGUGACUUCUUGUAGUAAGUAUCUUUAAGUAUCGAAAGAGUCUCCUAGUUAGUCGAAAGUUUUCAAUUUUCUUAGCGGGAAGUUAAAAAUUGUAUACAAUAACAAAACGAGUUUUCAUCAGAUCUCGACGUUUUAAGGUCCUCGGAAGCUUCCCUAACUUUUCCCGCGUUGGCCCUGAGUAUUCUAUUAAUUGAGACUCAAAGAUUCUGGCUUCAAAAACUGCGUUGAUUGCCGCCAACCACGUGAAAAUCGGUUCAUUCAUUCAAAAGUUAUUGCCGUUUGGUAAUCAAAAUAGUGUUAUAUUAAGCUUUUAUCAGACAUGAUUUUCAGAAUGAUUUUUUCAAAUUACUGCGAAAUUUAAUGUCUGAUCAAAUGCAUAUUCUGAGUUUUUUUAUAAAGAGCUCAAAAACAUCGAACAGCUACUAACUCUUUGAGAUUGAAGAGCUCAAAAUCGUCAUAAGUACAAUUUGAAGAGAUUAGGUAUGGAAUUAGCGGUAAGAUGCAGGGAUGGCAUUUAGGGUCAACCGUUUUGCUAUUUUUUUUAUAUGAAUAAUUUAUGAUCUGCUGUAUCCAUGACCAUAUUAUUUAUAUUUAGUUUUAUUCCUCAUCCUUCACUAGACCUGAACCCUUCUGCGGUGUCGGAGAAUCCCUAAUCCGUAGAAUAUCGAAGAAUCAGGAAACUCGCGAAGCAGCUAAUCAUUGGCUUACGUUACUAGGCAGGCUACAGGCUACAAUCGGGGGCGAUCCAGGUUUAUCAUAACUUAGCAGCCAUUUACGAACCCUCAUAGAUUUCCUCACUAGACACUGCAAACUUAAAUGUCACUUGGCAAAAAUAGGCCUCAGUGAACCCAGACUAUGUAGAUUUUGCCAAGAGGUCUACGAAGACAGCAUCCUACUGGAGUGUGACGCCAUCGCCGCAGUGAGGGCGUCACCCCCACCCCACUUGUGCCUGAGGAUGCUGUGCCCUUUAAAAGUCAUAGGCCUGGAGGAUGUGAUUUAGCUAUGCAAGGUAACACAAAUAUGGCUACAUAUGACCAUAAGGUUAUGUUUGUGUUAAGUACCUAUAGGUUGGAAGACAGAGCCAACGCGCUGGCAAUCACCCUUCAAGGACACAAAAAGGUCAGAGUUUCUUAUUUUAAGUAAAUAAUAAUAUUUUUUAUCACUGUACUACUUUAGUCAGAAAAUUAUCUUCAUGUUUAUUAUAUCAUUCUUAAAGAAGACCCCGAAUAUGAGACGUGUACUAUAUAACUGGUCUCACUUAAUAAUCGCUCGUUGCUUUUUUACAAAGCUUUGUUAUUGGUUCUAUAGCAAAUAACAUUUAUUACUUUUACAGUGUGUUAGUUUAGAACAUAAAUAUAAAACAAUUUAAAAUAUAAAAAGCUUAUUCGACGUACAGUCCUUUAAACGUUGAGGCCAGUUAUCAAUAGAAGCACGCACACUUUCCAUGGGAAAAUUCUUCACUGCCAAUCGUACGGAUUGUUUUAGGGACUCCAAAUUAUCAUGGCGUUUAGAGCAGGCCGUACUCUCUAAAACUGAAUAUAAAUCAUAGUCCAACCAAUACUUCGUAGACCGAGCUUUAUGACCCGGCGCCGAGUCUUUCUGGAAGGACAAUUCUUGGUUAUUAGACUUCACUACCUUCUCAGGAAUAGUAUCUUGAUAUGCUUGUGCCGAUGUUUUGAUACCUUUUUCACAAAAGUAUGUCUCAGCCACUCCUUCAUAGCUAAUCCAUCAAAAUCCGCCAAACCAUCACUGAAGUCGGAUAGUGCCCACGUUGCAUUCUGUCGACUAAUUGGAAAGCUUCCUUAGAUCUUUGAGCAUAUAUACGGUCAUUGUUUGUUAAAAUGGUAAUGCAUUGUAAUGGGCAAGGCGUAUCAAUUACCAUCCACUCAACGUCCUCCUCGUCUCGAACGAAUUUUCUUAAUUGUCUAAAUGUUGUAAGCAUCAGAUGUCUGGUCAGAUUUAGGCAUAAUAUAUAUAUUUUUUUGCAGAAACCGGUGCAACUCACUAAUAGACACAUACGAGGGUAUUGUGUACCCAGUUGACAUCACUCCCGAUACUCCACUGAGGGUGUAUCGAUCUGCAUUCUGCCGUU